AAGGGGUUUUAAGUUUUAAAACAAAAUGAAAAAACCAUCGAAUUAAACCCUUUUUCCUCUUCCAUCACAAGCCGUUAAACCACACACCCUUCAAUUUCUUCAAUCUUCAACUUCACCAAACCCCAAAUUCUCUUCAGAAUCAACCCAUUUCCAAUAAUGUGUUCAUCUUCCUCCACACCCACCUUUUUCCCUCUUCACACACCUCGUACAAAUCGCCACUUCCUUAAACAUCCAUACCCAUUUCCACCUCUGACCCAUGAUCUUAAUAUUAAUCUCAGACCCACAAACCCUAGAACAAGAAAAAUCAUAUCUUUGUCUUCAUCAGUUGCCCAAGAUAACCUUAAACUGUCAUGGGCUUCUUCUGAUAAACAGGAUGUUGAAGAUUACAAUGGUUGGGCUAUUGUGGAAGAAAGUGUUGGUUCAAGAAAGCAAUCAAGAGGGUUGCCCACAUUUGUUUUGGUUGGGAUUGGGACCUCAGUUGCGGCUUUGCUUGCUGUGUUUGCUCAUUUUGGAUUAUCAAGAAAGGGUUUCGUUUUGCGAUUUAGCAGCCCGUUCCAUGUUUCCGUUGAUAAGAAAUCAUUGGGUUCGGAAGAUGGAUUGAAGGUGGAUGAAGGUUUGAAUGAGCCAUUGGUGGAGAAUGUUGAUGAAGAAGUUGAUGCGAUUGCAAAAGAAGUAAAUGGUCAUGGUAAGUGGGAAGAAGGAAAGCCUGGAAGAGUUGUUGUUCCGGUUUCUGCAGACGCUACUCAGCAGGAGGCUCUAUCGUGGUUGAAGAAUCUGAAGAUCAUUGAAGAUGAAGUUAAGGCAGAUGAAUUGUGUACCAGGAGAGAAUACGCAAGAUGGCUGGUUCUAGUUAACUCUAGACUUGAAAGAAAUCCAAGGCAUAGGAUACUUCCAUCUGUAGCACUUGCUGGAUCUACCGUUAACGCUUUUAACGACAUUAGUGCUGAAGAUCCCGAUUUUGAGUACAUUCAAGCCCUGGCUGAGGCUGGUGUUGUUUUGAGCAAGCUCUCUGGUGAAAACUUAACUUCUGAUCUGGAUAGUAUAAAGAGUUCCGGAGGUGUAAAUUUUUUUCCCGAGAGAUUGAUUUCACGUGAGGACCUUAUUGGUUGGAGAGCCAAGUUAGAGUAUCAAGUCAUGUCAGGACUAAAUGAAGAGAUACUAAGGAACAAAAUCGGCUUCCUGGAUGCAAGGGAGCUGAAACCAGAUGUCUUGGCGGUGCUUUUUCGGGAUACGCUAACUAACGAAAAAAGCAUAAUGAGAAAAGUUUUCGGUCAGAUCAAGCGGUUUCAGCCCGCGAAACCGUGCACCAAAGCCCAAGCUGCAGUGGCACUCACAAGCGGAAGAAUAACGAACUCAAUUCGUCAUGAGUUCGCAAAGCGUGAAGCUGAGAACACGUCACGCAAGAUCGCAAUGAAAGAGAUUAAAUCCGCGAUUCUUGAGAGAGGUGAGAUACAACGGUUUUGGGAGAAAAAGAUAGCGGAUGAAAGAAGACGGUAUUUGGAGGUCGAAGCGGCUUAUCUGGAAGUCUUAAACGAUUUGGAAAAUGAAAAGAAUAAUCAGGAUAAUGUUGCUAGUAAUUAUUUGAAGGAGGUUGCAGCGUUAGAGUGUCAAAAGCAGCUACUUUGUAGCUUGAAGGAAGAAGUAGAUGAAAUGAACGAGAGGAUCGGGUCUGAACGAGCUGGUUAUGUUGAUGAGGAACGUAAAGUCCGUAGUACUGUUCGUGAAUUAGAAGUUAAAUAUGAAAAGAUUCUUGAUUCAAAGUCGAUACUUGAGGCUGAAUUAGAAGCCCUUCGUAUACUCAGAUCUUGGAUAGAAGACGAAGCAAAAAAGGGUCAAGCUCGGACAAAGGUUCUAGAAGAAGUAGGUCGAAGGUGGAAAUGGGGUGGUAGUAGUUCUUGAGCCGGUUUUUGUGAAGCUAAAUUGUUCUAUUGAUUCGUGAUUGAUACAUAAAAGAGACAUGAUAUUUUGCUUUGUAGUUGUACAAAAUAAAGAGGUUCAAGAUGGCGCGUGUUCUGGGAAACUGUAUUGUGGUGGCGAUCGAGUGGGUGUUGGUGGUGCAGUGGCGGUUUCCAACAUUAUUUUCAUGCAACUGUUGUGGUAUUAUGUUUGUUCUGUUAAAGGUAAGGGUAUAGACGCGACAAGUGAGCCAACUUGAUUGUUUGGCAACUUGGUUAACAUAUAUGAGGCAAGCAAGCUAGUUUAUAUGAACAAACUGAUGUAACUUGCAUUUCUAAAUCAGUAAACUUUCAUGUAAGGAUUUAUGUUGGUUUAUUUAUGAUUUUGGUAUACCAACAUAAAGAUUGAGCUCA